AUGACUUCUUCCACAGGCUCCGUCCAGCCCGCUCCAUCGUUUGACGACUUCUUGAAGGGGAUAUAUCUACGUCAAGAGGACGAAUACGAACGCCUCCGCUUGCAGCAUGAGCUCCACAAGACUGCAAUUUCCGGAGAACUAGUCCGGGUCCCUCUAUCUAAAACAGAUCCUCUUCGCAUCCUCGACUCUGGCACAGGUGAUGGCACCUGGAUGGUCGACGUCUUGAAGCAUUACCCAAAUGCUGAACUCGUAAAACCGACAUCAAUGAAAAGCACUUUGAACAACUCAAAGACAUCCCUAGCUCUAUCAGUUUGAAGGUCCAAAAUGUGCUCGAUGAAUGGCCAGCAGAAGACCAGAAUGCAUACGACCUCGUACACCAACGGUACUGCCUGACCCAGUUCAGUGCCGAGAAGGGCGCAGCAAUUAUCAAGCGACUCUAUGGUAAUGUCAAGCCGGGAGGUUAUCUCCAGAUUGUCGAGAGUAACAUUACCGGUUUCGACAGAGGAGACGGCGUCGAUGGAAGAGAAAACAAUGUUGAGAUAAUCAAAGCUAUGGAUUACUUCAACAAGGAGUUCACAAGGCGUGGGUUGAAGCCACGGCCGGGUCCUUCGGCUGGAGAGUGGAUGCACAAGGCUGGUGCUGUCGAGGCUGAUGAGAAGAUUAUGUCGUUCGACGUAGGAAUCAAGGCUGCUACGCUGGAGGAACAGACAAGUACUAUUACCAAUAUCACUGCUAUCAUUGAUAACUUUGCUGCAAUGGGCGCGCGUAAGUGUUGAUUGUACAAGUUCUCGGUUAAGGACAAAAGAUUAACGCUCUGCAGGAGACCCAAAUUACUGGUUUAAACCUGAUGACUUCAAGGCUCUUAAGCAAGGAGUCAUUGAGUAA